AUGCAUUUGACACAGGAAGGAGCAAGGGAGUCAGAAGUUGAAGACAAUACCAACACGAUUGGUAUUGUUGAAAGUGCUACACAAAAGGAAACAAAUGAAAUCUCUGUACUGUUAUCAAGACAAGACAGACCAAAAGAACCAAGUUUGUAUUUGGAGAAUAUCUCAGAGACUCUUUCAGAGAAGGAUCUUAGUUAUUCAUCUCAGGAUGCCAAUCAAGAAGAGAAAAACAGAGUAAAUGCACAAGUAGAAGUGCAUAUUAAGACACAACCUCAGUAUCAGCUUACUGUGCGUGAUGUUGAUAUAAAACCUCCUACUCCAAAAAAAGGAGUACAAAGGAUUAAAGUUAAACCAGCUGCAACAGUAUACAACUUUGUUACAUCAGAAGAAGAGGAAGAAGAGCCUAAAGGAGAUGAAAAUGACAAGCCACAGAGUCAUUCUUCUGGGACUGGCAAUUCAAAUGGAACCAAGACAGUACCAGAACAAGUAAAUGGGGAUUCUAAGAUAGAACCUCAGUUUCAGUUCACUGUAAGUACCUGUGACACAGAAGCUGCUACUCCAGAUAAAGGAGUAGAAACAAUUAAAGUGCAAGAAGCCACAACAGAAUUUAUCAGAGAAUCUUACCAAGGAGGAUCUUGGUUGUUCUUCUGGGAGUGGCAAUUCAAAUGGAACCAAGACAGUACCCAAACAAGUAAAGGGGUCUUUUAAGAAACAUCCAUUGAAGGCUAUUCAGAGCACUAUUAACAUGACAGUUUCCAGUCUGAAGAAAGCAGUAGGAAGGAAGAAUGUGAAAAUAUCCAGAUCAGAAUCUUAAAAAGAAGGAUCUUGGGUAUUCAUCUGAGGCUUCUAAGCAAAAAGGAAAAAAUACAGUAAAU